UCAGUCUACUCUUAUACUUUUAACAAUCAACAUUGAAAAAUCAUUAGGAAAUUUAUUCGUUUAUUCACUUACUUUGUAAAUCGGUGGAAUUACAAAAUAUAAAUUCAACAAAAUGAAAUUCUUGCACGUAGUUUUCGCCAUUGUUUUGGCAAUUUUCGCCUUUAGUGCUCAAACCAAUGCCGAGUUUUGCCCUUGUCCCCGCAAUUAUGAUCCUGUUUGUGGCUCAAAUUCGGUAACUUAUGCAAAUCGUUGUCAAUUCGAUUGCACUAGACGUGAAGUGGAACGCAGUGGACGCAGUUUGGGAUUGAUGCGUUCUGGACCCUGCUAAAAGGAUUUGAUAACUAAAAAUAUCAAUAAUUGAUUUACUAUAUUUGUAGAAUAUAUGAAAAAUAUAAAGAAUAAAAUAUGAAAAAACUAAUGUACAUUUGUUAAUAAAAUUGUGUAAAUUAUUUAAAAACUUA